AUUGCAACGGCGAGCAACGACUGUUGAUAAAUUUAUUUCAUUUUUCAAAUCAUUUGUUUUCUAGACGAUUAUGUAUUGACUAGUUUCAUUAUUAUUCUACAGCAAUUACAUAUAAUGUAAACAAAUACAAACGGUGUAAGCACAAAAUUAACAUUCUCGAUUUAAAAGUGAUUUACAGUGAAAAUGUUACAAAAAUGGAAAAUUAUUCUUGUAAAUUGGAUAAAUUGCUACUUUGAAAAUGAAACAAAAAUGAAAUACCCGUUCACAUCAGAAUGUCUUGUUAAUAUUAUUUCGCUUUUACGAGAAAACUAUAAUUUGGAUGAGUCAAUAUCAUCAAUAGACGCUCAUACAAUACAGGAAUUUAUAUUAAAGAAAUAUCCAGAAUUCCGUUUUCAAAAUGGGAACUUGGAGCCGGUUAAUGAAGAGGAUAUUUACCUGGCUGCUUCCCUCCUUCUUUACUUUGUGUGUGUGAAUUCCAAAGAUCUGGACAUUAAAAAGGCAAUGUGUAAUGAACUCAGCACUGCGGAUCAGGAAAUUAUAAUGAAGUUCAGUAAAUGCCUGAUGAAUUGUUCUCAUAUAUCCUCAACAGAUGUUCUGACUGCCAUUGCAGAAGCCUGCGGGCAGGAUGCAGCGGCCGCCAAUACAGUGCUGACUACAGUAGCGGAAACACCGCCCGCGCUCCGCUCACUUCACAAUGAAGUGCGGCGUCUGCAGGCUGCGCUGGACGCGGAAAGGUUCGAUAGGAACUAUCUUCAGGAGGAGCUCGCUAGAAUACACUUGAAAAUGGAGAAACUUGUGAAAGAUAAGGAGCAGUACAAACAGGACAUAGUGAACCUAAAAGGGAAACUAUCUAAUUGUGUGCAAGAUAACAAUGUUCAAGAUCCCGAAGUGGCCAAUAACAACUUGGGGAGGCUGGUCAAACAGUUGGAGCAGGCGGAACAGCGUCUGGUUACGGCGCAAGAAAAGUUGGAUGAUAUGCAAUAUGAGAGGGACAUGUUUAAAAAUAAGCUAGACGAACUAAAACGUGAGCGUGACAAAUGGAUAGCAAUAAGCCAGGAGGAAACAUCCAGAGCAUUACUGCUAGCAGAUGAGUUGGAGACGGAGCGAAAACACAUUCAUUCCUUGAGAGAACUUGUUACUGAGUUGAGGCAACACAACCGGCUCAACGGCGUCAAUACUAGUCAGUUGGAAUGCGACGAUCUUGAUGCUAGUAUCAGAUCGCUGCACAAUGCCUCUGUUUGUAGUGAAGCUGCUUGUGCCUAUGUUGUAGAAGUACAGCUGAGUGAAGAGCGUGCUAAAAUUGUCGUUCUGGAACAACAGAUUAAACAGUUACAGGAUCAACUGAAUAGCUCUGAGGAAGAAAAACAAAACUUGUUUAAAAUAAUCUCUGAAAAAGAUACUGAUAUAUUUAAUUUAAAACACCGUAUUAAUGAGGAGAUUGAAGAAAAGAAUAAUUUAAAAUCUCGCUGUGAUGAUGAAGUCACUAAAUUAAACAAUGAUGUUAAUGAGCUGGAGCAAAGGCUACAAGAAAACGGGGAAAAUUCAAGGACAAUCAUUGAUUCAAAGAUGAAAGAAAUGCAAAUUUUACAAGAAGAGAAACUAUCUCUUCUGCAAAGCCUAACUGACCAAACUACAAAACUUGAAAUUACAGAACGAAAAUUGAAAUCUGACAUUGACGCCGAAAAAUCAUCAAAACUUAAACUUAAAGAAGAGUAUGAGAAUAAAGUAAUGAAGUUGAAUGAAAAAGUAUUGAAUAGAAAUAAUGAAUUAGUUGAACUGCAAAACAAAAUAUGUGAAAAAGGCGAAGCAAUAGAGAAAUUACAGUAUGAUUUGAGACAGGAAAAGGAAUUGCGGGGUGAUCUUGUUAACAAAUACAACAAUGAUGUUAAGCAUUGGAAUUUACAAAUUGAAGCAUAUGAUACAGAUUUGAGGCACAAAAACGAUGAAAUUUCUAAUUUAAAAGACCAUAUACAAAAAUGUAAUGUAUACAAUGAACAACUGGAGAAAGAUAUAGAUAAUCUUAGUUCUUGUCUUUCGAAAUGCAAAGAUGAUAACCAAGUUUUAGAGGAUUCUAAGGCAAAGAUCUUAAUUGACUUACAAAAUAGGGAAUCUACAAUUGUGAAUAUUCAAAAAGAAAAAGAUCAUCUUGUAAAUGAGUAUGCUGAGGAAAGAAAAAGUUUGCAGUAUAAUUUAGAUGAAAUAAGUGCUACAUCGGAAGCUUUAAGAAAUCAAUUACAAAAUGAGAUUCAAUAUAAGAUAAGCAUACAAAAUGAAUUUGAACUCAGUAAUAACAAAUUAACAGAAACAAUAAAUAACUUGAAUGGCCAGCUAACUUCAUUAAAAUUGAAUUGCAAUGAAGUCGAACAAAGUUUAUUCAGUGAAAGGAAAGUAACUUUUAAAUUACAGGAAAAAUGUGAAGAUUUGAAUACACAAAUUGAGAAAUUGCAUAGAGAUAAUUGUGAAAAAGAUAACUUGAUCAAGAUUUUCAAAGAAAAUCUAGAUAAGGAAAAAAUGAAAUAUGAUGAAGUGUGUCGGGAGAAAGAUAAAGUUAUUGACAUAUUAAAUAACAAAUUAGAUUCAGCAGUUACAAACCUAAAUGAAGAGAUAACUACAUUAAAAAUAAAUUGCCAUGAAGUGGAACAAAGUUUAUUCAGCGAAAGGAAAGUUGUUGACGAAUUCAAGAAAACUUGCGAAGAAUUGAAUGCACAGAUUGAUAUAUUGAAUAUUAAUAAUUCUGAGAAAGAAAACAGGAUUUCAGAUUACGAAAAAUCUCUAGAAGAGACAAAAAUCAAAUGCGACUUAGUGUGCCGAGAGAAAGAUAAAGUUAUUGAUAUGUUAGAUACUAAAUUAAAGGCUGAACUUGCGAAAUUAAAUAUAUAUAACCAAAAUUUAACAAAAGACGUUAGUGAUAAGCGUGAUAUUAUUAUCAACUUAGAAAACGAUAUGGCUAAACUAUUUCAACAAUGUGAAGAAUUUAAAAAUACCAUUGAUGAACUUAAAAUUACCAUUGAUGGAAAAACAAAGGCUUAUGAUCAUCUUCAAGAAAAAUAUACAGAAGAAACUACUACAUUAAUAAUUAAAUUAGCCGAAAUGGACAAGUCCCUAAAAGAAAUGCGAAUGAAGUUCAACAAUACUGUAGAAGCUAAAGAAUUAGAAAUAGAUAUUUUAAAAACGAAUAUUGACAAGUUGCAACUAUCCCAACAACAAGAAAGUGAAAAAUCUUGUGCCGCUGAAAAAGAGAAGGCGAUCCUUCUACAACGGUUAAAUGACGUUAACACUUCUAAAAAAGAAUGUGAAACAGAGUAUUUGAAUAAAUAUGAUCUUCUGAAUUCAUUAAACGCCCAACUGAAAGAAGACAUCAUAAGGAAAAAUACAGAAAUUAGUGACUUGAAUACUACAUUACUGCUUUCGACAAAGACGAAUGAAGCCAAAGUUGAAGAAAUAAUAUCUUUAAAAAAUAUCACAAAUCAAGCUAUACAAAACACUAAGGAUAUUACAAUUGAAAAAGGUCAAGAAAUCGAAAAGUUAACUGAAACAAAUAAACAUUUAGAUCUUUUGGUUCUUCAGUCAGGAAAAGAACUGAAGGCAGUUAUGGAAAACAAUACACAGGUGGUGGAGGGUUUAAAAAAGGAAAAUGUUCAAUGGCAUUGCACUUUAGAAGCAAGUAUCAGUAAUCAUGAACUGAUGCUUAAAGAAAAGAAUGCUAUGAUUGAAGAUUUGGAAGCACGAUUUAAAAGUGCUACAGACAGUUUAAACCUAUUACAGCAAGAAUACGAAAAUCAUAAAUUUCAAUGGGAAAAAUUAAAAAAUGUACUGCAAGAGGAAGUUGAUGUUAAGUCAACUGAGGUUAUUCAGUUCACUAACAAAGUAAUAUCAGCUGAAUCUAAAAUACGUAAUUUGGAAACCCAACUACAUAUUUCUAACAACGAGAAAGUUGAAUUGACUGAACAAGUUAAUUCACUACGUAAAACUUAUACCGAAAGUGCACAUACUAAUGAUAACUUAAAGAAAAGUCUUUUAACGGAAAAGGCUAUGAAAAAUGACAUUGAAAUUGAGAAACAGAAUUUGAUUAAAGAAAAGGAAUAUUUCUUACAGAAAAUUUCUGCCAAUGAGAGUGCUUAUAGAAAAAUUUCAUCAGAAAAAGACAGUUUGUUGAACGAGAAAGCAAUUUUAGUUCAAGAGCUUAUGGAAGAAAAAUCUGUGAGGCAAAUAGCGGAUGAAGGGAAGGGUGCUCUUUAUGUUGAAAAACAGCGAUUAAACCUUCAGUUACAAGAAGUUGAAAAUAUGAAAAAUACUUUAUUGCAAGAAAAAGAAUGCCUUACACAACAACUCGUUGAAGAAAGGCUUGCUAAGGACUUGGCUGAACAGGAAAAGAAAAAUAUAAUUGAAGUAAACGUAAGGUUGGAAGACAAAUUAUCAGCAGAUACAUUGUUGAGAGCUGAAAUACAAAGAAAACAAGACAGUCUCUUAGAAGAAUUACAAAAUCUGCAAAAAGAAUACACAAUGCUCACAAGCGAAAAUGCCUUGCUUAAAACUGAAAUGGAAAUGCUUAAUAAAUCUUACACAGAAUUAAAAGCAUCACUUGAAGAACUGACAUUAGAGAGAACUGAUUUACUGGAAAAAAAUUCGGACUUUAAUAAAAUGUUGGAUUCAGAAAUAGCUGACAAGAGAGAAAAAAUUGAGAAUUUCACUAUCAGUUAUGAACAAUUGAAAUCUGACUAUAAUUCCAUAAAAGAAGAUAAGCAAAAUGUUUGCACUAUUUUAAAUAGUGGUAUAAACAAAGUGCUUGAUGUCAUAAAGAAAGAUAACACCUGCAAUGAUAUUUUAUGUAAAUAUGAUAACAUCCUAGCAGACGAUGCAAGCGUUAUAGAGAAGUGUAAUGUUGUUUUUAAGAUUCUUAAUAAUUUAGUUUCUCAAUUGAGAUUGAAAAAUAAUUUGGAGAAAGCAUUAGAGGAAGAAAGUACAGUUGUUAAAGAAAUAUCAGAUAUAGUAAAGGCGAAGGAAACACAAAUAACUCAACUUCAGGACGAAGUUCAGACUAUGGAAAAAGCUGUGCACGAUACAAAAGCUGAUUUGAUAAAACAGAACGAAAAGCAUAUCGUACAUUUAGAGACCAAAGAAACAGUCAUACAGCACCUGCAGCUAGAAAACCAAACGCUUCGCAACGAGUUAAAUGAUGUCAAGAUACAGUUAGAGGUAAAAGUGCACUCCCUCAAGGAGAAACUGAUUGACAAUGAAAAUUUGACCGACAAAUUGAAGAAAACUUACGAAUGUCAGAUUGAUAACUUGAAUAUGAUGAUUACGAAGUUGACGAAUUAUUUGAAAGAGAAAACAGCGGAAAUCGAAUCUUUGAGAAAUGAGAAAGAAAGGUUCCAACACAUUAUAGAAGAAAAUAAUGCCUCAAUCAAGACCUUAGAAGAAGAGUUAAAAAUCCAAAAACAGAAUCAAGAGAAACUAAUAAACGACUUCGAAUCCGAAAGACUUGUUCUUAAGAAUAUGGUUACUGUGACAGAGUCUAUCAUGGAAGAUCAAAAAGUCAGCCUUAGUAAAAUAAUUGCUGAAAAUACACAAGCUAAUCAGAUACUAGAAGACGAGGUUAGAAAUUUGAAAGAAAGCAUUGAAAAAGAAAAAGAAUGUGCUCAAAUGAAGCUACAAGAUAAAGGUGAAGCAUUUAACACUGUUUUUAAAGAACUAACCGAUUUGCGCAAAGAAAAAGAAACAAUGGAGAAAGAGUUUAUUUCUGAAAAGGAGCUAUUUAAGAAUGAAGUUACGAACUUAAAAGAAGAUGUGUCAGAGAAAACAAGUAAAAUAGACGCGUUGACAUCCGAAAUAAAGGAGACUCUUGGAAAAUUGAAAGAACAAACUGAAGGGAUUAUUUUAUUAGAAGAGAGAAAUAACGAAUGGAAGAUCAAAAAUGAUACUCUAGAAGUUGAAUUUGGCGAUAAAGUCGAGAAAUUACAAGACGAUUUAAACAAACAAUGUAAAUUUACUAAAGAAUUAGAAAUUUCACUCAAAGAUAAACAAAAAGAAAAUGCUGAAUUAAAUGAAAUUAUAAAUAAACUUAAAAUUGAUUUAGCCACUUUGGAAAAAGACAAGCUGAGAAUCGAGAAUGAAAAAGCAAAUCUUUGCAAAAUAAUUGACGAAUUAAAUUCAGCACUUGAAAGACGUGUAAAAGAAAACAGCACAUUAGUGACACAAUCAAAGAAAGAAAUCUUAGAACUAAGCAAUGUAAAUGAAGAUUUGAAGUCAAAAAUAACAGAAUUACAAUCAGAAAUACAAAAGUUUGAAGAACAUGCUCAAGAAAAAGUAAAUAUUAUUAACAAAUGUUCUAUCCUUGAAGAAUAUCAGAUGAAAGCUGAAAUAGAAUUAGAAGUGCGAGCGAAAGAAAUCAAUUCACUUGAAGAUAAAGUAAAGACUUUAAAAUCAGACAUGGAACGCAAUGUAAGUAAAAGUGAUCAAUUAAUUGAAGAGCUAAAUAGGCAAAAGGAUUCAACGAUAAAGAAAUUUAAUAAAGAAUUAAUUGAUGAAAAAAAAAGUUUGGAAGACGCAUCAAAACUACUUCAAGUUAAGGAUUCUGAAAUUCAAGCCUUAAGAAGAAAGUUGGACGAAAUAAAAAUUAAAGAGGAAACUAUUAAUAUUUUAAAAAACGAAAACGAAAAAUUGGUUAAAGCUAUAGAACAAAGGGAGACGUUUGCUGUUGCGCAUCAAGAAAAUUCGAGCACACAAUAUCCGAGGCAAGUUGAGCAUGAGCACCUUCAGAAACAGGGAGAUACCACUACUACUACUGAUUAUUCAUCUAUGGAGAGCUAUAAGACCAUUUCUGAUCUAGAAAAAAUAAUACAAGACAAAAAUAGGACAAUAACCACCCUACAAAAUGAUAUCACAUACCUUAAAUCUCUAGUAGCUGAUUCGGAAAACAAAUACCUGGACGUAGCCAAGGAUCUGGAUAUGAGCAAGGAAAACUGCCAACAGCUGUCCAGUCAACUAAAAAAAAUCGUUUACCAGAAGAAUGAAGAAAUCGCGGAUCUCAAAAGGCAAGUCAUAAAAAUGAGCGCAACAGAAAACCGUGCGUCACAAAUAAUCAAAGUAUCCGCUAAAUACCAAGCUAUUAUAUUGAAGAGGAUCGCAGAAAUAAAGUCUAAUACGGUAUUAAAGGAAUUGACGAAUUUUGGGAAUACUAAUUGCGACAGCGAUCUACGAAAGAGCCUGACUGCAGGAACGAUAACUAUGGAAGAUCUCGAGAACUUCCUCGAAACAACCGAGAGGCACAUACGACGUUGCUCCGAAAAGCAGAUCGCAUUGCAAAAAGAGAGGGACAGACUGUUUGAAGUGAACAGGAUAAAUGAAUCUGAAAUAAUAAACAUGAGAAAGUUCCUAGCAGAGCUGUCGGUUAGCAUCAAGACAUUUAAUUCAGUUCGGGAAUUGUACACGCAAAGGUUGAGUCGAGUGGUUUCCGUACAAAGGACGGUCAGGCGGGAGAUAUUGAGCCUAGAUGGACGUAUUACUGAAGCAGCCAUGGGAAAACUGGAGAGGGGCUAUUCUGCCGUAAUGCAGGAUUUGUCAGAGUGUGCAAUGAACUUAGAAAGGUGGAUUGAACGCUGUGUGUCAAGGACGAUAUCUUCGGAGAAAAUUAAGCAAGCCUUCACCUCUGAAGACGAGCGCGCGUCCCUCUCUUCUGCAAGUUUCCAGAACGCUGGUCUCGAUGUCCAGUUGGAAGAGUUACAGAACUCAUUCCAGAAACUUCUGGUAGAAGUUGCGCGCGCACAAAACGAAGACGCGAAAGACGCCCAAUCCGUAACUGUUAUGGAGGUUCGGGCGGAAUACGAGGAUAAACUCAACAGGAUGAAGGCAAAAAUGAAACAAUUGUACCUAGAGCAAAUAGCGUUAUUCAAGGAGAAACAGAACGACGAGAUAAUCAGGUUGGAGACGGAGUUAAAGAAUACCCGGAACAAAUUGCAAGAAUGCGAGAAACACAUCAAGUCUUUGACUACUGAGCUUUGGAACAUUGGGGAAAAGUACGUUAUGCAGAAAGACGAAGCGGAUUGGUUGAGGAAGAAACAACAAUCGGGAUCCCUUAUGUCCUUGCAGCAUGUGCAUUCGUCAGGCCUAGUCCCUCCGCAAAGGGAGCGCGGACGUCCCUCCGACACACACUCCCUACGCUCGCUGCCCGUCAACACUAAUAAUAACACGAAAGAAGGUCGCGGCUUACACAUGUCGGACGAGGAGGGUGAGGUGUUUGACAAUCGCUGUCUGCGGGAGCUGGCAGUCACGCCGCGCCGUGAGAGUGCGGUCCCGCCCGGGCAGCGAAUCUCGGAACUACGGUACAGGAACUCCCUGUGCCCACCGCACCUGAAAAGCUCCUACCCUGCCGAGACGCAAUUCGCGCCCGCCAUACAAGAAGAGGACAUUAAGUGUGCCGGUAGCACGAGUAUGUCGCUCGGUGGGAGACAAAGGAAAGAGGUUGGGAUUAUCGCCUACAAGAAGCCAGGACCGCCCACCCCUAGCAAGCAAGCUGGGCGACUGUCUGCCACGGAUUCCGAACUACGUGAAUCUUUACGCAUCGAAGUCGACCCGUCCGCUUCCCGCAAGACUAGCACGCCGUCCAGAAUCCGCUCGCUUUUCCGCUCCGCCAAGAAUGACACCACUGAAGGUACACCGCGCAGUAGAAGAUUAAGCAAUAUAUUCAGAAAGAAGUAACCCGCAGUCUGCAUCCACCAGCCUACUUAGUAUUGAAGCUUUUAUUUGGUCGAUUAAUACAUUUUAUUAAUUUAUUACUUA